AGCUGUUGGUCUUUAAGUCGUUAUUAUAUCUUCUGCUGGGAUCUGUCUGGACUUCAUGCUGAAUAAAACAUGCUCACAUUGGUGCUGUGUGCAUCGAGCGGUAGAUCAGAUGUUCAUGUGGUCCAUUCCUCACAAUGCUCCCAUGAUGCUGCAGGAGACAUUGAGGUGGUGAGCGGGAUCACAGCAGGGAGCGGCGUGAAGCUGGUGCCCUAUCUCUUCUCUCCCCACCUGGAGUUCCUAGAGCUGAGCUUCACUCUGGGAGACACCAGCGCCACCGUUCGCACCAAGAAGCUGCUGGACGCCGACAUGCUGUCUGCAAGUGACAGCACCUUGUAUUACUCCGUAAUGUGUGACAGCCCCCAGAAGUUCAACAACACUCGGACGCUGAAAGUCAACGACCUCAAUGACAACGGGCCAAUUUUUCCACAGGAGACCUACAGCAUUGACGUCUCUGAGAUAAAACCUGUGGACAGCGUGGUUCUACAAGUGACGGCUGUGGACGCAGACAGCAGCCCUGCAAACAACCAAGUGUCAUAUUCCUAUGUACCAGCUUCAGAGGACUUUAUUUUGACCAACUCAGGGGAUUUUAUUUUGAAGAGACGUUUGAACUACAAUGUUGCCCCGAGGAUAACUGGGGGUUAA